AUGUAUAAUCCAUGUACACUGCGCCAUUUUAUUUCCUUUCUUGUCUUACUAAUCUCUUCUUUCUCUUACAGUGACAAAGAGUCUGAGACCACCGAGGCCUCACAGCCCCACCAUGAUGACCGUGAUGACCAUGAUGAGGAAUCGGGUCUGAGAAGUCUCGCUAUGACCCCAGGAACUGGGAAUCUAACCCUCCUAGACGACAUUUGGAUGGAGAUUGAGACCACCAAGGCCUCACAGCCCCGCCAUGAUGACCAUGAUAAUGGAUCUGGUCUGAACAAUCUCGCUAUGACCCCAGAUGAAUGUUGGAUGGAGAUUGACUUAACCGAGGGCUCACAGCCCCGCCAUGAUGACCAUGAUGAGCAAUCUGGUCUGAGCAGUCUCGUAUGGAGAGUUUUGUAUGGAUUUUGGACGAAGAGUGAAACAACUCAUACCCCACAAUCAGACGUCCAAGAAAUCACCGAUGAAUGCGAACCAGAAUCCGAUCUGAAAAGUCUCAUCACAGUGAAUGAUUCUAAGAACCGACCCCGUCUGGAUGAGCUUUGGAUCGAUUGUGAGCUCUUCGCCGUCCCAUCAUCAGAUCCCAUCGCCAGAAGAUCCGACAUCCAAGAUGUGGAAUUCAAUACCUGCAGCAGUUCUCCAACCACCACUGACAAAGAGUCUGAGACCAACGAAGCCUCACAGCCCCACCAUGAUGACCAUGAUGACCAGGAUGACCAGGAUGCCUUUGAUAAUGACUCUGGUCUGAACAGUCUCGCUAUGACUCCAGCAACCGAGAAUCUACCCCUUUUUGAUGGAUUUUGGAUGAAGAGUGAGACAAUGGAGGCCUCACAACCCCACCAUGAUGACCAGGAUGACCAUGAACAUGACUCUGGUCUGAACAGUCUCGCUAUGACAUCAGCAACUGAGAAUCUACCCCUUUUUAAUGGAUUUUGGAUAAAGAGUGAGACAAUGGAGGCCUCACAACCCCACCAUGAUGACCAGGAUGUCUCUGAUGAUGAAUCUGGUCUGAGCAGUCUCGCUAUGACAUCAGCAUCCGAGAAUCUACCCCUUUUUGAUGGAUUUUGGAUGAAGAGUGAGACAAUGGAGGCCUCACAACCCCACCAUGAUGACCAGGAUGUCUCUGAUGAUGAAUCUGGUCUGAGCAGUCUCGCUAUGACAUCAGCAACCGAGAAUCUACCCCUUUUUAAUGGAUUUUGGAUAAAGAGUGAGACAACCAAAGCCUCACAGCCCCGCCAUGAUGACUUUGAUGAUGAAUCUGGUCUGAGCAGUCUCGCUAUGACACCAACAACCGAGAAUCUACCCCUUUUUGAUGGAUUUUGGAUAAAGAGUGAGACAAUGGAGGCCUCACAACCCCACCAUGAUGACAAUGAUGUCUCUGAUGAUAAAACUGGUCUUAGCAGUCUCGCUAUGACCCCAGGAACCGGGAUUCUACCCCUUCUAGACAAAUUUUGGAUGGAGAUUGAGACAACCAAGGCCUCACAGCCCCACGAUGAUGACCAGGAUGCCUUCGAUGAAGAAUCUGGUCUGAACAGUCUCGCUAUGAUCCCAGGAACCGGAAAUCUACCCCGCUUGGAUGAAUUUUGGAUGGAGAUUGACUUAACCGAGGCCUCACAGCCCUGCCAUGAUGACCAUGAUGCCUUUGAUGAUGGAUCUGGUCUGAGCAGUCUCACUAUGACCCCAGGAACUGAGAAUCUACCCCUUUUGGAUGGAUUUUGGAUAAAGAGUGAGACAACGGACGCCUCACAAACCCGCCAUGAUGACCAGGAUGAUGACUCUGGUCUGAACAUUCUUGCUAUGACCCCAGAAACCGGGAAUCUACCCCUUUUUGAUGGAUUUUGGAUAAAGAGUGAGACAACGGAGGCCUCACAGCCUCACCAUGAUGACAAUGAUGCCUUUGAUGAGGAAUCUGGUCUGAGCAGUCUCGCUAUGACCCCAACCAUCAGACACCUAUUUUAUGUGUGUUUAUAUAAGUGUGUAUUUAGGAGUGUGUUUAUAUAAGUGUGUAUUUAGGAGUGUGUUUAUAUAAGUGUGUAUUUAGGAGGGAAUGUGGGGAGGGUAU